AUGCUGGUAAUCUCCGAAGAAGUGGCGCACUCGUACUUCCUCCACAACCCGUCAGUGAUCAUGAGGGAGGUUCUGACGCCCUCAGGGUUGAUGAGCGGCGAGUUGUGGAGUGAGUCGGCCCAGUCAUGGAUCGUGCAGUCGUACAUGCCGAUGGAUCGCUGCGACAGAGUGUCCCCCUGCGGACCCAACGCCGUGUGCUACCCCAACACGUGGCCGCAGUGCAAAUGCCUGCCGAGGUUCCACCCCAAGAACUCCAUCAAUUGGGAGGUCAUCCAGGACACCUCCGGCGGCUGCGUGCGCACCACGGCGUUGGAUUGCAGUAACGACACCGACGGGUUCUUCAGGAAGAACAGCGUGAAGUUGCCGGACACGUCGUCGUCGUCGUCGUCGGUGAACCGGAGCAUGAGUCUGGAAGAGUGCCAAACCUGGUGCUUGAAGAAUUGCUCCUGCACAGGCUACACCGCUUCCAACAUUAGCAGCAGCGGAUUAGUCACCUCCUUUGGAGAGAUGGCGCCCACCCAUAGAAGGGCCUACUCACAGGACGCCUCGGCCGAGGCCACCGGCGCCGAGUAG